AUGCCAGGUGCAACAUCUUAUUUUGGUUUGCUUGAUAUAUGCAAGCCCAUCAAAGAAGGAGAGACAUUACUAGUGAAUGCUGCUGCUGGAGCUGUUGGAUCUGCUGUUGGUCAAAUUGGAAAGAUAAAAGGAAUGAGAGUUGUGGGUUUUGCCGGCUCUGAUGAGAAAGUUGCUUACCUCAAGAGCCUGGGGUUUGAUGCAGCAUAUAAUUACAAGACAAUACCCUCACUGGAGGCAGCCAUUAAAGAAUCCUGUCCUAAUGGAGUUGAUGUCUUCUUUGAUAAUGUUGGUGGAGAUUUCUUUGAUACUGUACUUAGACAAAUGAAUACAUUUGGACGAGUGUCAGUCUGUGGAGCUAUUUCACAAUAUAAUGCUUUGGAGCCUAGAAAAGGGAUUGAUGUGUCUCCAAUCAUUCUAAUGAAGCAGUUGAAAGUUGAAGGAUUCAUUGUAGUGCGAUGGUUGGACCAGUGGCCAGCAGCUUUUAAGGAAAUGGCUCAAUGGAUACAAGAAGGUAAACUGAAAUACCGUGAGACAGUUUUUGAAGGAUUUGACAGCAUGUACGAUGCUUUUGUAUCUCUCUUUAAAGGCGACAACAUUGGCAAGGUUGUUGUCAAAAUAUAACGAAACAGAUAACCUGAGAAUAAUUGAUAAUAUUAAAAUGACAAGAGAAUGUGUGUUAAAAACAAUUAUUAUUAGCUAAUUAUUAGUUAGUGUAGCUAUUAUACAAGUGAU